AUGAUCUUCCAAUUGCCCAUCACUCUGCUAUCGUCCAUCGUCUGUGUGGCUCUCGCAAAUGUUAUCCCAGCGGAUCCCACAAUCACACCUCCUGCGAUACUACCGAGACAAGCCGAUGCCGCCUGGAUUGGAUGGGUGAAGGACAACGGGACCUGGACUACACAGCAAUGUGAUGCAGGAAAUACAUGGUAUCAGUCUGGUGACUAUGCACAAUGCUGCGCGGAGACCUUGACAGCCUGUCCGGCACCAACUGCGUGCGUGAGGGGCAACCAAAUAUACCCAUUGAGUGGUACAACCAUCACGACUGCCUGUACUGAAAAUUACAACAAUGCGACUUAUAGCGUUUGCAACACGGCCUUCAUCUUCGAAAGCUUUGGAGACUCUAGUCCCAAGACCGACAUCGUCUGUGGAGAUAAAUCGCAAGUAUGGAGUUAUUAUCGAAAUGUUCCAGCAUCGGUUACCGAGUCUCCUUCCGCUGGCAGCGGAUCGUCCGACUCCGACAAAGGAGGCUCAUCUGGAUCCAAGGCAUGGAUUGCCGGGGCUGUUGUCGGACCCAUUGUUGGAAUUGCGCUCAUUGCAAUCAUCGUGUUCCUUCUCAUGCGCCGAAGCAAGAAGAACAAACAGAGCAAUGUCCCACAGACCGGUGGAGCGGCACUCGGCCCUUCUGGAGUACAGCAGCACUACACCGAAACGAAGCCACAGCUCACAAACCCAUCCUACGGCCAGGCGCCCCCAGGCGUCAAUGAUACCUACAACCAGCAAGCAUACAGUCAGCAAGGAUACGCUCAACAACCCACCUCGCCCACACCACAGUACCAGCAGCCGUACGGUGCACCGACUUCUCCGCCGCCUCAACAGCAGCCGUACGGUGCGCCGACCUCACCAACGCAGCCCCAGCAGGGCGCAUACGCCGCGCAAGAUGCCAAGUUUGGGUACACCGCGCAGCCGCAGCACCCAAACACAGCCGAGCUUGGAGGGGUCAGCAGUCCGGUGGGUGGCCAGCAUACGGCAGAGCUUCCCUCAGGAACGAGAGGGACGUAG